ACAGUCACGAAGCUCAGUUGGACGAGUCCGCUCCAAAUCGUGAAAUAUCCUGACCCGCGCCUGCGGGCCGUCAAUGCACGCAUUGGCGUGUUUGAUGACUCGCUACUGCGGUUAGCCAACGAAAUGAUCGAGGUCAUGUACCAGGACGACGGCGUUGGGCUUGCGGCGCCGCAAGUGGGCGUCAAUAUACGGCUGAUGGUUUUUAACCCGGCGGGCCGCGACCGGCCCGGGAACGAGUCCAUCCUCGUCAACCCGGAAAUUGUGGAGCAGCUGGGCGGCAAGGAACUGGGAGAAGAGGGCUGCCUGUCCUUCCCGCGCAUCUACGGGGAUGUUGAGCGCUCACGGCAAAUAACGGUUAAAGCGCUCGACGCGAAUGGGCAGCCUGUCAGAUUGCAGCUGACAGACCCAUGGGUCGCCCGGAUCUUUCAACACGAGUACGACCACUUGCAGGGCGUGCUGUUCCAUGACCGAAUGAAGCCGUCGGUGCUGGAGGCUGUGCGGCCGGCGUUGGUAGCGCUGGAGGAGGAAUAC